CUCAGUUACUUUGGCGGUCUAUCAGCCUGGAACUUAGAUUGCCUCGGCAGCCGUGGCGUUAACGGUAACGUAACCAGAGACUGGCGACGGUCCAACUGCUCAACGGCCUCUUUUAAAGCCCAAUGUGACAUUGCGCACGCAUUGUUCUCAAUCUCGGACAGGCACCUCGACACACUGAGCGCAGUAACUUUGGAAACUCUAUUUUCUGAAGACAAACGAUCUAUUGUUUCCGAUACAAAUUUCCGACCUUGUUUAGACCUUAAAAAUAACCUUUUGCUUGUAACAGCACUCCAGGGCAUGGAUGAUAAUCCACUCGAAAAGACGAAUAGCCAACGUGAGCUUACCAGAAUAGCGUUUCUCGAUUUGACUUUAGUCUUGUCCACCGAUAACGUGACUCAUUUAUACAACUGGCUGCAAUUAUCAGUUGGUGGUCCCAUCGGGACUCCUCGUCAUGUGGGCAGUUUUAUGCAAGGAAUGGAGCAACCAAAACUUGUCAAAGCUAGCUGCAAUGCACUCAGUUCCUCUGGUUGCUCUCUUCUGCUGAUUAGUCGACAAGACGAAGCAAGGACGACCAAUUUAAGCUCUAGCCAUCCACAUUUUGCCGGCGAAGCGCCUUACAUUCUCUUAAAUAUGGAUGGCCCUCAAGAGCACAUUAACUCAGCGACAACUGCGCUGACUUCGAUAUUUGCCCCCCAUCAGAUAGUUAUGGAGGGAGACGGGGAUAAAAACCAAAUGCUGAAUGCUUUUACAGCUGCUGGGUGGACCGUACUGCGAGAGUUUUCAAAUGGACAGUGGAGGCCAGCAUGGCUUACUCUUUUUAACCGUCAACUAAUAGUUCUGUCUGAGUCGUUUAAUAAUGAAAAUCACUCAGCGAUUGAAUAUGCUCACAUUCAUCAGUCAACCUACGAAGGAGUUAAAAAGCAAGUUUUCGAUUUACGCAUGGCCAGGCGCAUAGAGAUGGGUAAGGAUCUGAUGCCAACUCCUUUUCCGGUUCCUCCUCUUAAGCCGAUUAUUAUCCGACAUCCUGAAUCAACGCUCUACAUCAAAGCAGAAUCGGUCAUUGCACAUACACUAUGGUACCGGCUGCUUACAGAGGCCUGCCUUUUAGUUGGGUCAUCCUUGUCCAGCCAACUAAUAACCCAAAAAUAUGUCCCAGUGGGUCUGGAUGCUGCAAUUCAGCAUUUGGACAUGCAUAUUGAUACGGAAGGGCUUUAUCGCAUUUCGGGAAGCAAGGAUAAGACAGAACAGCUUCUGACUCUAAUGCGUUACCAGCCGUACGAGCUACAAUUCUUGGAAAAUCCUCACCUGGUAGCAAGUGCACUAAAGAGGUUUCUCUACACUUUGGCAGAAGCCGGUGAAUGCUUUCUGCCUGAAACACUCUUUUUUGCCUGGCUAAUUGCAGCCGAUAACCAUAACGAAUCAGUUCGUUUGGAACUUUUCAAAGAGCUCCUUGGGCGACUGCCAUAUGAAAACUAUGAAACUCUUCGUCGUCUUAUG